CGCACAGCAACAAGCAUGUGUGAAUAAUGAGAGCUCAUCCAUCACAUCAGUUGAACAUGAAUUGAUUACUUUCUGUUUAUUGGUUGUGGCCAUCGGUUUACAUAUACCAGGUGUUGUUGACUCAUCCAACAGAAUUGGUUUGAAUACCAUAGAGAUCAAUGAGAGUUUAGCAAUCAAUUGCACAUACGACGCACCGUUGACAUUCCAAUUUAAGGGUAAGUAUUCGAAUUCAACUAUCAAUAUCGCUGCAUGCGAAACAGUCUUACGCACAUGCUUUUUGAUGCGGGAUGAUCUACGGGAGACAUACCAGAUUCGAUAUACUGAGACCGGAGGAAUUCUCAUCAUACUGAAUCAUACAGAAACCAUACACGGCAUGUAUAAAUGCUGCGAAACGUACCGCCCCGACAAUUUUGUGGACACGUCAAUACCACCACAGGAUGCUAGUUCUUCACUGACGACAACCGUUGGGUCGGAGCAAGUUGUAACAAGUAGAUGUCAGCAAUCUAGUCCACCCUCAACAACGAGAGAAAGUAAAACAGCUAGUUCGUCUUUGGUAUCAAUUACCAUGUGUCUGGCAAUUAUUGCAAUUGUUCUUGCUGUAAUAAGUUUCGGGUUUUCAAUGAAGAAGAUACUGCUAUUUAGCAAUAAAGAUAAUCAGCGCAACUGCGUUAGUGCACUGAAGUAUACAGCAUUAAGUUCCAGCGACAUACACGUGGCGUGAAUAUUCCUGACCAGGCAGGAGAGGAGGGCUGUGCAGUUUUAUAUCGUUUCUCAAACUGCGUGUACGUUUCUUUGUCAAGCAUAGCAUUCCGAAAAAUAUAUUACAAUGGUUUAUGAAAAAGGUGUACCAAAUCUUAUAUACAUCGGAUGGUGUGGUUUUACAAGAUAAUGACAUAAUCUUAAAUAUGUAUUUUAAACAUGUGGAUACUUUUUCAAGUUAUCUAUCUGUAUAUGUUUACACUAAUAUGAAAUUGGUCUCAUUAAAGA